AUCACAUUUCUCUCAUUGACCAUUUUGACUCGUCUUCUGUUACAACAACAAACCAUGGCGGCGGCGUCUCUCCGAUCUGUAAACCCUACAUUACCCCGAACCCUACCUUCUCCCACAAGGUCUCCUCCCUUCCAAUCACCAUUCCUCAGAUUCGCUCCAACCUCCACCUCCUUCAACCUCAAACCCCUCGUCACUCCCCCCGCACCAUCCUCCUCCCCCUUCGUCACCCGCUCCGCCGCAGCCUCGCCGCAAGAGAGAAAGACCUUCCACGGCCUCUGCUACGUCGUCGGCGACAACAUCGACACCGACCAGAUCAUCCCGGCUGAGUUUCUCACCCUCGUCCCCUCCAACCCCGAGGAGUACCAAAAGCUCGGCUCCCACGCCUUAGUCGGCCUCCCGGCUUCAUACAAAGACCGGUUCGUGGAGCCGGGGGAGACGAAGACGAAGUACUCGAUCAUCAUCGGCGGGGAGAACUUCGGGUGCGGGUCGUCGAGGGAGCACGCGCCGGUGUGCUUGGGAGCGGCGGGGGCGAAGGCGGUGGUGGCGCAGUCGUACGCGAGGAUCUUUUUCAGGAACUCGGUGGCGACCGGGGAGAUUUAUCCGCUGGACUCGGAGGUUAGGGUGUGUGAUGAGUGUAGUACGGGGGAUGUCGCGACGGUGGAGCUGAGGGAAGGGGAUAGUGUUUUGAUUAAUCAUACGACGGGGAAGGAGUAUAAGCUUAAGGCUAUUGGUGACGCUGGGCCUGUGAUUGAUGCUGGUGGUAUCUUUGCGUAUGCGAGGAAGGCUGGGAUGAUUCCUUCUGCAGCUGCUUGAUUUGAUUUCUCCGACAGGGACCGGACCAUGCAUGUCGAUGAGAGUUGAUCUUAAGGUUAAGUAAUUCUCAGCUUCCCCUCUUCCAUUCCAAUAAAGAGAACAAUAAGUAUGUCUGUUUCAAGAAUUUGUGAACCUAAUCUUAUGCUUUAUGGAUGUAUAUGACUAUCGGUUUACUCUUCUGUUUCAGUUUACAUAUUAGUAUCUAUUACAUUUGGAUGUUACAAAA